AUGUCGAACCCUGCCGAAAGAGUCGCAGAAGAUAAUUAUGAGGCCGAGAAUGAUCCCUCGCCCGUGACCGAAGACUUCACAGAGGACUCGUAUGCCCAUGAGACCAACCCAAACUUGAGAGAUAAGGUCCCCGUCCAAAGAGAUAAUGAGUCAUACGAAGAUCCAAUGCAACCUCCUUAUUCCAAUUCCAAUCAACAGCUUGAGGAGGACGAGAAAGAAGCGAUCAAUAAGUCCAAUGUCCUAAAGGGAGAUCGGCUCCGUCAUGCAAAGCCUAGGACCUCCAACAAGUACAAUGAGGGACCAGAUGAAAAUGAUCUGCCGGCCCAAACCUUU